UGAAUAAGCCAAUAGCGUUACAGGAUAGAGCACUUGCCCGGGCAUGUUCUUCCAUUACCUCUGUCUCACCGGGAACACGUGUCUGAUCUGAGGAUGUAGAUUUGCAUGUUGGGGAAAUGUCUAACAUAGACUCUGUGAGUAAUGCUAGGGUUGCCCAAAGUACUUGGGGGCCUCUUAACGUCCAAUCAACUCAUCUUUGUGUCUGGAUGAAACAGAGAAAAAACAAAAUGGCAAAAGAAAACUCCAGGAAAAGAAAAUCCAGUGAAAACUUUAAGGCACCCUGCACUGUUGUGAGCCCUUUUCCUUCUGACGCUUCUGACAGCAGGCAUGGAUAUUCUUCAGACCUCCUUUCUAUAGACCCCACACAACCUGUGAAGAACAAAAGGGCCAAACUAGGUCCACUCUCAGCUAUAGGUAAAACUGCCUCUGUGCUUAGUGACAACUGGGAUGUUGACAGUGGAUUUUCCUCAGAGACCAGCCCUCCCACCAGUGGACGAAGCUCUCCAUGUGUGGGAAUUGACCCCUCCUUGCUGGUGGCUAUGGACUGUGAAAUGGUGGGCACAGGCCCAAAAGGACAGUGCAGUGAGUUAGCCCGCUGUAGUUUAAUAAAUUAUUAUGGGACUGUCAUUUAUGAUAAGUAUAUCCUGCCUACACAACCAGUUACAGACUUCCGGACUCAGUGGAGUGGCAUUAGGAGGGAGCACUUGAGGCAUGCGCUGCCUUUUAAAGAAGCAAGGAAAGAGAUUCUUCACAUCCUUAAAGGGAAAGUAAUAAUCGGCCAUGAUCUGCACAAUGACUUCAAAGUCCUGGACAUCGGCGUCCCAUAUCACAUGAUUAGGGAUACUUCUCGUAUGCAUCUACUACGCCAGCUCUAUGGUGCUGUCCGAAAAUGUGUCUCACUGAAGAAGCUGGCCAGUAAGCUUCUCAAUAGGAGCAUACAGGUUGGCAGAGCUGGUCACUGCUCUGUUGAAGAUGCUCUAGCUGCUCUAGACCUCUACAAAUUGGUAGAAGAUCAGUGGGAAAAGUCUCUUCAGCACCAUAACCAGAACACUAAUUCCAACCCAGAGCCUACCUCCUCCCUGGAGCACUACAUGCAGGACCAAUAUUGGCCCCAGAGUAUGAUGGAUUGUAAUCAGUGAGAGUUUAACAGCUUGGCAGCUUUCUAUGAUGAGGUUUUCAUUUUUGGAGAAACAGAAGUUAUAUUAAGUGGUAUUUAAGUGACACCCAAUGGGUCCAGAAUAUAACAGCAAUGAAAAUGCACAUGUAGUAACUAAGAACAUAUAAAAAUAUUAUUAAAGAUAAAUAUAUAUUGUAAAUAUUUAAUAUUUUAUAGCCCAUGACAGAUGCUGAACAUUGCUUUAAAUUCAUAGUUCACACUUAUUAUCCAAACCUGUUUUGAAAUUGUAUUGUUAAAAACUAGUGUCCAAGACGAACAUUUAAUCAUCAUGUGGAACAGUGUGCUGUAUAUUUCAGUGCCUCAGACACAUUCACUCUCAGUGAAAAUACUAAUUUUGCAUUACACAGCUGUUAGCAGUUUGCUUUUAAGAUCAAUUUAAGGGAAUAUUAUAUACAGAUAUACAGGGAUGGGUGAUAUGCCCCUAAAAUAUCACAAUAUUUCAUGCUAUUUUUGCGAUAACGAUACUCUAGGCGAUAUGACAAAACACUGAAUAAAAAAAAAAAAAUUCAAGAAUCACUACUGCAACAAGAUGAAAAUGUAGUUUUAUUAUUGCAUACAAUAUGAUCUAGCCCACAGUAAAUAAUACUGGUCAGAUAUAAUCUGUCUCUUGUAGAUUUAUAAUGGGAAAUGAGAACAGUGAUUUUUUUUCUUUCGCUAAAAACAGCAAAAAAGUAGUACCCUGAUAUGCCACAAUAUUGUAGGGUGUAAUAUCGUUCACGAUAUUUAAAAUGUUGCCAAUAUUAUUGUAUACAAUAUGAUAUAGCACGCCCCUAGAUGACAUUUUGGAAUAAUUAUUAUGUUUUCAAUGACAGUUCAUGCUUGUUAAUGUUGGAAGAUUUUAAAUUAUGCAUACAAGUUUUAUCACAAUGUAAUGCUUUAAAUAAUUAGUGUACUCCAAAACUGUAAAUUGAAUUUGUUAAUGCAUUUAAGUGGUUGAUUUAUAAAAAAAAAAAACACAUAAAAAUGCAAUAUUUACUAACUUGAAUCAGAGUGCACAGGUUUAGCCAGAUUCCCAGUCCUGGAAUAAGCUGAAGCCUAGACUGGAAAAAAAAAAUUCCCAUUGUGAUAAACCACUGGCACUAAUUUGUCCAAGACUGGGAUUUAUUAAUGUAAAAAUGUCCCUGUGCGUACACUCUUUGUAACCUGGAUCAUGCUACCUCUUUCAGUGUAACUGGUGCUUCUCAUGUUUCCUUUAGGUUUGUGUUCAGAGCACACUCAGUUACUGUACGUGUGGUAUUCACGUCUCAGGGAGUGUUUGCCAGUGUUUGAAUCUCUUUGUAAAGAGAGUCUAAGAUGCUGCUGAGCAGAAUUAGUACCUCCGUAACCAUUUGAGUACUUGUUAUAUUUAAUAAUGUAAUGUUGGUAUGCACAUUAUUGUGUACUUGUGAACUGUACAUGCCGGUUAACACUUGACGAAAUAGGUUUCCAAGACUUGAUCAACAAGCUACAAUGUAUCUGUAUGGCCUUUUUGCCUAGUAACACUUAUAGUUGUAAGUUGUUGUACUGUUACGGGAAGGCUGUGAACAUGUAUUUCAUCAUUUGUUAUUUUUUUUGUACUUAAAUAGUACAAAAAUACACAAAAUACACUUUUGUAAAUUCCUGGUUUAUAGAAGCAUGACUUGUCUGCAACAGUAAGAACAUUGGUGAAUAUAAAAUGUUAAGUAUUUAUUGAUUAAAGGUUGUGGAAGAGAAAGUU